GAAAGUGGGCUGAUUACCUUAACGAUAAAUUUACGGCCAAAGUUAGUGGUGUGAAGAUUUUUAAUUUCUGUUAUAAAUAUCGACCUUCCAACCAAGAGUUUCCAAAGGAAAAGUUAUAAAACCUGAAUAACGGAAAAAACCCAGAUUCCGUAAUAUAAUCAUUUUCCGCUUAAUUACUCGUCUUGCAAAUCACAAAUAUAUAUAUAUAAUUCGUAAAUUCGUAUACGUGUAAUAUACGCAUAUUAAUAAAUUCAAUAAAUUACAAAAUUACAGUUAUCACACUAUCAUAAAAAAUGAUUACUGGCACACGAGGCGUACGUUUCUUCUUACGUUCAAUACCGGUAGAGGUUUACCCACUAGGAGCGGUCCUCACAUUCGCAGUAUGUUACGGAAUCGGUCAAACCGCCUAUAAAUUACAAAAUGAUCGCAAUCUUCGUAGAUAUCCAUCAUAUUAUGGCGGUCCAAGAAUAUAUUAAAUUCAUUCUUUCUUUCUUACGUUAAAACUUUAGAAUUAUAUUUCACGUCAUUGUACAUCAUAAUUAUAAAUCAUGUGACAUAUAUAUCCUGUAUUUUGUAUAUCUGAUA